AUGGGUUGUGGAGCAUCCUCGCCAAUGCCAGUAGAUAAUCUACCCAACGAACGUUCAUCAUUAUUACCAACAUCAUCUACUACAUUAAAUCAACAAUUAGAUUUAAAUCAAAAUCCAAAACGAGAUCGUAGUCGAAUCGUAGUACCUUUAGAUGAACUUGUUCAAAAUUUUCUUCUUGUAUGGUUGGAUGAAAAAAUCGAUGAAUCAGUAGACGAUUAUGGUCAUUCAAUCAAACAGCUACAACGUACCGUUAAUAACAUUGAAACAUUCCGCGAAACUGAUGAAUGUAUCGAGUAUAUACUACAACUUCAAAACCAAAAAAUACUUCUUAUUAUUUCUGGUGCACUAUGUGAAACUGUUGUGCCACGCGUUCAUAAUAUGACACAACUCUAUUCAAUUUAUGUAUUCUGUCAAAAAAAAGAAAAAUAUGAAGAAUGGGGAAAAGACUGGUCCAAAGUGAAAGGUAUUUUCACUGAAAUUAUUUCAAUUUGUGAUGCAGUUCGACAAUCUGCUCGACAAUGUGACGAAGAUUCUGUCCCAAUCGGUUCUGAAAUCGAACCCUCAUUCAUGUAUACACAACUUUUCAAAGAAAUUAUUCUCACAAUUGAUUUUAAUAAAACGAAAGAAGUGAAAGAUUUAGUCGAAUAUGCCUGUAAACAACCGGACUAUGUCGAAAAUAAUGCACAGUUGCAACUUAUCAAUAAAUUUGGUGAAGAGUAUACUAACGAUAAUAUAACCUUCGAAAUUAUUGAUAAAUUUGGUAACCGCCAUCCUGGAACUGUCGAUGACAAACCCAUUUGGUGGUACACCCAGCAAUGUUUUACGUACCAACUUGUCAACAAAGCUCUACGCUCUCUAGACGUCAGUGCUCUUCUAAAAAUGGGUUUCUUCAUCUCUGACGUUCACCGAAAUAUCGCAAAACUUCAUCUCGAACAAUCUAAUGGAACUCACGCAGUUACUUUACCAAGUACUGUCUAUCGAGGUCAAAUCAUGAGCAAGAAAGAUUUUCGAAACAAAAUUAAACAAGAUAAACUCAUAUCCUUUAACAAUUUCUUAUCAACAAGUGAGGAUCGUAUGAUUGCACUCAGCUUUAUUUCUUCUACUGACGAUAAUGUGAUCGGUGUUCUGUUCACUAUAACAAUUGAUCGAUCACAUUCAUCUUCACCAUCAUCAGCAGAGAUCUUUGCCUCCGUCAGUGCCAUUAGCAAGUAUUCAGACGAAAAAGAGAUACUCUUCUCUACUCAUACCAUUUUUCGCGUCCAGAAAAUCGAACCCAUGAAAGAAUAUGGAAGAACAUUACAGCAAGUACACCUAACGCUCACCAAUGACAACGAUGAUCAUCAGCUAAGUAAUCUCACCAAACAAUUACGAAAAGAGAUUACUGGUACAGGAUGGCAAAAAAUGGGUUUAUUGUUAUGGAAACUCGGCGAGAAUAAUAAAGCCGAAGAAUUGUACAACAUGUUACUCAACGAGGCAUCAAAUGAAAAUGAUGAAUCCUACUGUUAUCACUGCCUUGGAAUGAUUAAAUAUAAUCUAGCACAAUACAAUGAGGCCAUCAAAUUUUAUCAAAAAUUUUUAGAUAUCAAAGAGAAAACUCUCCCUCCGAAUCAUCCUGAGUUGGCUUCUUCCUACGGCAACAUCGGUAAUGUGUAUUAUAACAUGGGCGAGUACUCGAAAGCACUUUCAUCGCACGAACGAGCAGUUGAAAUCCGAACAAUAGCUCUCCCUCGGAAUCAUCCGGACUUGGCUGGUUCCUACAACAACAUCGGUUCGGUGUAUAAUAACAUGGGCGAGUACU